AUGUUCAGAACUGUGAACGGUGAGGAUUACAGCCCAGCGGUACAGCAACGAAAUAUCCUCGACUUUGGGAAAGCACAUUCCCUACUGUGGACGGACAACGGUAGCGCGAAUGAUCGGUGUGAAACCGGAGGAAAUUGUAGAGAGAGCGGCCAGGACCGCGUCAAGCGACCCAUGAACGCUUUCAUUGUGUGGUCUCGUGAUCAAAGGCGAAAGGUGGCUCUAGAGAAUCCCCAAAUGCAAAACUCAGAGAUCAGUAAGCGCCUGGGAUACGACUGGAAAAUGCUUACAGAAGCCGAAAAGCAGCCAUUCUUCGAGGAGGCACAGAGACUACGAGCCAUGCACCGAGACAAAUACCCGGGCUAUAAAUAUCGACCUCGUCGGAAGACCAAAGAGGCCACAGAAAUCGCUUCCCGCAGACUCUUCAGUACUGUGCAGCCGAAUGCACAUAGAGGAGACGUUGUACCCCUUCCCAUCCAAGGACGGUUGCGCCAAGGCCACACGUUCACGAAUGGAAAGCCGGUUAAGCCACUCACAGCCCACGAACAUAAGCAGCUCACUCCUGCCACAGGAGCAUCGCAGCAGCUGGACAAGCCUGCGCCACAAUAG